UAGAAGUUUGUUGUUUAGAGAAAUCAUAGCGAAACGUAAACACGUAAACAAAAUGUGUUUUAAUGAGAAUCUUUUUUUUUUAGAGAAAGCUGAAGUAUAAAUAAUUUCUUCGAGAAGUAUGACGUAUUGUAUUGAUGUGUUCGGGUUUUCUCCUCAUAUCGAAUCAGUGUCAAUUCAAGAAAUAUCUAUUAUAUGUCGCACCGUUUGAAAGUUUUGCGAAAUCACGACAAAAAUGUUUGAAAUUAUCAAGCAUAAAGAAACUAAAAUAAUCAGGAUACUGAUCAUCUAACUCAUUCCUUGAGAGCGGAAAAAAUGAAAAUUUUCACUAUUAGAAGAUAAUGGGUAAAAAUUUUUUUUCUCCCUUUCCACGAAAAAGUUACAUGAUCGGUACUUAACGUAUAUAUUUAUACUUUAUUCCUAUAUCGUUAUAAACUUCAUACUAAGCAUUACAGCAACUUAAUUCGUACGCUCCUUCGACUUCCAUUCGUUGGAGCCUUUGAAUUAUAAUUUUUUUUCUGAUUUACAAUCAAUCUUUUUUAAUUAAUCAAUCUGUUUUUUUUGUUUUUUUUUUCAUCAAACCGCAUAAUAGAUUUUUGAUGCCGCGAUGACGAAUACAUCACAACGACAAUGAUGACAUUUGUCUGUCCCCCAGAUGGAUUCCCCGUCGAAAUUCGAGCCGACGAGGAAGACGGCGGAGGUGCAUCGUCACGCCGCUGGCGAGACCACGGAGUUGGGUGAAGUGAGAGUGACGGCGCCGAGCAGCAGCGUCGUGACGUCGAUGCCGUCCAGCGUGACGCACUCCAGCAGCAGCGGUGUGGCGGUGCCCUGCAGAAACGGCGGCUGCAAGAUCUGGAGGAGCAGUCGUAUCGGUGAACCGCGGGCCGAAAGUCCCUGGCACUCGCUCAAGACCGUCUUCCUACUCUCUGUGAUCGUGGCGUUCCUCAUUUGGAUCGUCGUCUACACGCUGCUGGACCAAUAUCGGAUCCUGUGAUUCCAAUCGGCUCUCCCUCUGUGGCUGCGCGAUCUAUCCUUCGACCUAUCUUAUUUGGCCUUCACGACCAGUCACGUGGCCUUGCGUUAUUGUUACUUGUCAAAUCUUGUGAUUUCCACAUGACUGUGUGAUCACGAUUAUGGUUGAAUCCCCGGCUCCUAUGUUUCCACGUGACGUGCCUUGCGGAUAAUGAUUUAUUGUUGUUGAAUGCAUUUUAACUUGGUAUUGUUCAUCACGUUUGUAUUAUACAUGUGUUGUGACGAUCGUUCAACGAGAAUGAAAUGAGGAAGUCCGUGAAGCAUGAUUUGAGAAGAAUAGCCGAAUGCUCGGAGAGGAUUGCUCCUGGCAGCUCGGGGCUUCCGUCCGGAUUGUAACAUUGUACAUUCCGUAUUGUUUCAUAAAUGUUUAUGACUCCUGUAAAUAUUUAAAUAAAAUACAACGUUAUAUACAAUUCA